UACAAAGCCCGUCGCCCUAAACCCUUCUAAAACCCAUCCGCAAAUACCAUUAAAAAUGUCGUUUCGAUACAAAGAAGCUGUUGAAAUCUGCAGCAAACAAGAAGUUUCAUACUACGCCGCAAACAUUCUCGCCGCCGUCGGCAAAACCCGAUUCUUGGUUCAGUACAAGACUCGAUACGCAGUUGAUACCAGUAAAACGAGGUUGCUGAUAGAGAUGGUUGAGGCCAACGAUAUUCGGCCGGUGCCGCCCGAAAUUCCGGAUUCCGACUUCUCGGUAGCCGAUCGGGUCGACGCUUACCUCGACAAUGCUUGGCGGGUCGGGAAGGUUUCUCGGAAAGUCGAUCCCAACUACUACGUCCGCUUGGACAGCACAGGGGAUGAGUUUCAUUGCCCUUUCUAUCGUGUCAGGCCUCAUUUUGAUUGGGAACAUGGAAAAUGGGUUCGUCGCCGAUCUGGGCCCCAAAAUGCCGAAACUCAAGGGGCAAUGGGGGGUGGAGACAAAAGUUAAUCUUGGUGUUGAUCUUAGAAGCACAUAAACAUAAAAUAGAGCUACCUUUUUUCAAAGUUUCUUUAGAGCAGGGCAGGGCAGGGCAUGAGCUUGGUUCCUUUUUCACAUACAAG